AUGAAAUCUCUGGUAUGGAAAAUUUUUACCAAAAAUAAAGAUGGAUCUUUCACCAGAUGUAAUAUUUGUAAAAACGAAUAUAGAACAAGUGGGAACACUUCAAAUUUAUUGGAUCACUGUAAGCGAAAGCACAAAUUACAAUUAGAUAAAUUAUGGAAACAAAAUGAUAUUGAAAUAACAAGUGAAUCAGAUGCGGACGAUUGUGAUGAUCCGGUUGCUGGCCCAAGUGUAAAGCGACGAAAGGUCACAAUAAAAAAUUACAUGACGAAGCAAUAUGUUCCUUAUGAUAAAAAUAGCGAUCGUAAAAUUACAUUGGACAAAUUAUUGGUAGAAUAUGUAGCACAUGAUCUUGAACCAUUUCGUAUAGUAGAACGAGAAUACUUUAAACAAUUUGUUCACGAGCUAGAUAAUAAAUAUGAAUUGCCGUCUCGGACGCAAUUGAAAGAUGUUUUACUACCGCAACUUUACAAUCAAAUGAAAGCUAUCUUGGUCAAAAUUCUGUCCACUGUAGAUCAUAUAUCUAUAACAACGGAUAUGUGGACGUCUACAGCAAGUGAUGGUAUUUUGACGAUUACGAUUCACUUCGUAUAUGAUAAUGAUAUUAAAUCAGCGAUGCUAGAAACUCGGAAAGAAGUAGGACACCACACGGCAGAGCACAUUGCAAAAGAGCUAGACGAGAUAUUACGAGAGUGGAAUAUCCAUGAGAAAAUUUUCGUAAUGGUAUCUGACAAUGCGUCAAAUAUGAUAAAAACUGCUACGAUUUUAAAAGUUCGUCAUUCAGCGUGUUUUGCACAUACGAUUAAUUUAGUCGCCUUAGAUGCAUUAGAAACAACGAGUGUGAAACCAAUUUUAAAACAUGUAAAAGAUAUUGUCACAUAUUUCCGAUGUAGUACGGUAGCAAUGGACAAGUUACGAAAUAUGCAAAAACAACUUCACAAAAAAGAGUUUAAACUUUUACAAGAUACUCCGACAAGAUGGAAUAGUUCUUUCUACAUGAUUCAGCGAAUAUUAAAAGUUCGCGACUCAUUAUUAUUAGCAAUGUCAGAUUUGCGAAAAUCUCCCAAUCCUUUGACAGCUGAAGACAUAUUGAUUUUAGAAGAUCUAAUUUUAAUUUUAAAUCCUUUGGAAUUGGCGACAAAAGAUAUCUCUGGAAGUCAAUACGUGAUGAUGUCUCUAAUAAUUCCAUUAAUAAAUGGCAUUUCAUCAAAAUUAUAUUUUAUCGAAAAUUCGCUUAAAACUGACGUAGGAAAAGAAGUUUUCGAGAAAUUAAAAUCCUCAGUAGUAACUCGACUUUAUCCAUACGAAUUAAGAACAACAAAUAUUAUGGCAACGGUAUUAGAUCCAAGGUACAAAAUGCUUGCUUUUAGAAAUAAUAGCCAAAAAGAAAAUGCUGAUAGAUUAUUUCUUAAUACUUUGACUGCGGAAUUUAAUUCUAAACAAUAUGUAGACGAAAAUAAAAACACUGAUUCGUGGACGUCAAGCAAUUUAGAAGAAAAGGACGAUUUACUACACUUUAUUGACAAUCUUAAAAAAAUUACCUACGAGAAAUCAUCAUCAACCGCUGAAGAAUUAAAGCCAAAUCACGUUGAAAUGCGUAUUGAGUUUUGCCAGUGGGCUUUAAGAAUUAUAGAAAAUGAUCCUCAGUUUUUUAGGUAUGUGAUGUUUUCUGAUGAGGCUACAUUUAACAGUGAUGGUCAACUAAAUAGGCACAAUUGCCACUACUGGUCCAAUGAAAAUCCCCACUGGUACAGGACUGUGGACCAUCAACAUCGAUGGAGCGUUAUCGUAUGUUGUGGCAUAAUAAACGGUUACCUGAUCGGACCUUAUGCUUUUGAGGGAAAUGUCGAUAGAUAUAUCUAUUUGGAAUUGCUUAGGGAUCGAUUGCCAGAGCUCUUGGAGGAUGUCGAUUUAAAAACACGGCAGAGAAUGUGA